AACCAGUUGUUAAUGUAAUGUAAUGUAAUUGGACCUCUCUUCUCCCCUCUCCUCUCUCUAUUAAGAACCCUACACGCUUCUCCUCUCUCUUCACCCUCCGAUCCCUCUCAGUCCUCCUCCCUCCUCUUUCUCCGAAGAGUCGCUACUCCCCUUCUUUACCGUCACCCGGAGACUUCGAGCAUUAGAGCAGUAUAGCAAAUAUGUCGCCAUCUGAUUCUUCUCGGGAGGAUAAUGUCUACAUGGCUAAGUUAGCUGAGCAGGCUGAGAGGUAUGAGGAAAUGGUGGAAUUCAUGGAGAAAGUAGCCAAGACUGUGGAUGUUGAGGAGCUCACUGUUGAGGAGCGUAAUCUCCUGUCUGUUGCAUACAAGAAUGUGAUUGGGGCCAGGAGGGCUUCAUGGAGAAUUAUCUCGUCUAUUGAGCAGAAGGAAGAAAGCAGGGGAAACGAGGAUCAUGUUGUAAUUAUUAAGGACUACAGAGGGAAGAUUGAAUCCGAACUCAGCAAAAUCUGUGAUGGAAUCCUCAGUCUCCUUGAAUCGCACCUCAUUCCUUCAGCUUCAUCUGCUGAGUCUAAGGUUUUCUAUCUUAAGAUGAAGGGUGACUACCAUAGGUACCUAGCCGAGUUUAAGACUGGAGCUGAAAGGAAGGAAGCUGCUGAGAGCACUCUGUUGGCUUACAAAUCUGCUCAGGAUAUUGCUCUUGCUGAACUAGCUCCCACUCAUCCGAUAAGGCUGGGACUUGCCCUGAAUUUCUCAGUGUUCUACUAUGAGAUUUUGAACUCUCCUGAUCGUGCCUGCAACCUUGCCAAGCAGGCCUUUGAUGAGGCUAUCUCUGAGCUUGACACUUUGGGUGAGGAGUCCUACAAGGAUAGCACAUUGAUCAUGCAACUUCUACGGGACAAUCUGACGCUCUGGACUUCUGAUCUCCCGGAGGAUGCUGGAGAUGAGAUUAAGGAAGCUUCUAAGCGGGACUCUGGGGAGGGACAGCAGUGAUGUGCUUAGUGUACGAGCAUUUGUGCCUUGGAUGAUGAACUUUAUAGUAGAGAUGCCGUUUCGCUUGUAGCAUGAUGUCUUUUAAGGAUCUUGCUUAGACAGCUCCAAAGGAUCUAAACGGUGUGGAAAUUAUGAACUUCCUUUAAUUAAUUUUUUAGUAGUUUGGGCUUGGUGAAAUUGGAAAUUGAUGCUCCCCUUUGCUCGUUCUUCGGCUCAA